AUGUCGUAUUUGAAACGAUUCACCAAGGUGCUCAGGGGGAGCUUGUCAACUACAUCGCGAGGCGAGGCGGGCACGUUUCAUCUGCCAUUGCGAAAACUGGUGCUGCGCUAUUCACAGACGAAUGCAUCCUCAGCUGGAAUGCGCACCUUCCUGCUCUCAGCGCGCUUCGGUCUGCUGACCCAAAAAUACCCGUCGGUCGAAUUCGUAGUCGACCACACAAAUGGCGAGCGCCAUGCACUCGUCACAGGAUUCUACGCAGCCGCCGAAACGAGCGGCAGGAGCAAGCAGGUGAACCUUGCCAACUUGGACGCAGGCCAGGUAGAGGCCAAACUCAAACAAGUCGUCGAGAGCAGCGGUGCAAAGAUCAAGAGCUGGAAGAGGAGGAAUGUGCAGAGCAGCAACCAUGCCGCCAGAGGCGUCUGGAGCCAAUUGCACGAUAAGCCGCUCGACAUCUAG